AUGGCAAUCAGUGGAGUAGCAUCCUUCCAAGUUCCACUUCUAAAGGGGAGCACCUAUGACAAUUGGAGCAUCAAAAUGAAGGCCUUUCUUGGAGAACAUGAUGUUUGGGAAAUGGUUGGAAAAGGCUAUAAGGAGCCGCAAGAUGAGACUUCAUUAUCCCAAGCACAAAAGGAGACUUUAAAGGAUUCAAGAAAGAGAGACAAGAAAGCUCUCUUCCUCAUCUAUCAAACAUUACAUGAUAAUGCGUUCGAGAAUAUUUCUAAUGCAACAUCCGCUAAGGAGGCAUGGCAUAAGCUUCAAACCUCUCACAAAGGAGAAGACAAAGUAAAGAAUGUGUGUCUCCAAACUCUAAGAGGUGAGUUUGAAUCCUUACAUAUGAAAGAGUCAGAGUCCAUUUCUGAUUAUUUUUCAAGAAUUCUCACUGUUUCAAAUCAACUAAAAAGAAAUGGUAAGAAGUUAGAAGAUGUAAGAAUUAUGGAGAAGAUAUUAUGCUCAUUAGAUCCUAAAUUUAAGCACAUUGUUGUCACAAUCGAGGAAACCAAAUAUUUAGAAACUAUGAUGAUAGAACAACUUCAAGGAUCACUGCAAGCUUAUAAGGAGAAGCGUAAGAAGAAGCAAGAGAUCACUGAGUAA